GGGAAAAGUAAUUUUUUCCCAGUUGAGAACGCUUAUUUAUAUAAAUUCUUAAUACUAAUAACAAACAUAAAUACAACUAUCAUGUUUAUAUUCUUCUACAGCACUUUUGUAAGGGAAAGUAACAUUUAUGCCCUUCGAGAAAACAUUAGUCAAACAUUGAUUGCUUUAAAACCAUUUGUGUAAUGUUGGAGGUUUGUAAUGUACACAGAGAUUUUUCAGUCUCUAAUUAAAAUCUGAAAAAGAUUCUUUGACAUCCUUUCAAAGUAACCGCAUUUAAAAAUAAUUCAUCACAAUGCCUUCAGUGCAAUACCAGCAAAACUCGGAAGAACUGCAAGAACAUAGAGAUUUGCCAAAUCACAUGAACCAUGAGAGAACUCUUACUGAUGCCCAUUCAUCAAAACUGUCUACAUUUUCAACUUAUGUCCAUGCUCUGCGACCUUGGUCUUUCAGUGCAUCAUUGACUCCUGUUGCUAUUGGAGCUGCGUUAGCGUACAAAACAACAGAACAGUUUGACAUUCCCAUUUUCUUGAUAACUUGCCUGACUGCUGUUUCGGUACACGCUGCUGGAAAUGUUGUGAAUACUUACUUCGAUUACAUGAAAGGCAUAGAUAGCCGAAGGAGUGACGAUCGAACAUUGGUGGACAAGAUUCUGACGCCAGAUGAAAUAGUGCAUUUGGGAGUUAUGUUAUACACCCUGGGUUGCACAGGGUUCAUUGGUACUGUAUGGCUGUCCAAUGCUAAAAUGGAACACCUUGCUCUUGUGUAUUUUGGAGGAUUAUCAAGUUCGUUCUUGUAUACUGGUGGCAUAGGAUUGAAGUACAUAGCGAUGGGUGAUGUAUUGAUCAUUGUCACAUUUGGUCCACUCAGUGUCCUCUUCUCAUUUAUGGCCCAAACUGGUUACAUGGAUUUUUAUACCUUGUUUUACGCCAUGCCUCUUGCACUUAACACAGAAGCUAUAUUGCAUGGCAAUAACACACGUGAUAUGGAAAGUGAUCAUAAAGCUGGUGUUGUAACACUUGCCAUAUUGUUUGGGUAUGCUGGCUCUCAUAUUUUGUAUGCUCUUCUUUUAUUUUCUCCAUACAUAUUAUUUACCAUUCUUGGGCUACAUUUCAGUUUGUGGUUCUUCUUGCCCCUCAUUACAUUGCCUGCUGCAUUUAAAUUGGAAAAAAUGUUCAGGGAUCGAACUCUGCAGAAAGUACCAAAGGAAACAGCAAAGCUUAAUUUAUAUUUUGGUUUAUUUUAUGUCAUAGCAUGUAUAAUGGCUGAUAAAGGUGUGUUUCCUUAUAUUGGUGUAAACUGAUAGCAGCUUUCUUUGGAAAUGGAAAUCUAUUGUUUGGUUGAUUAUUUUAAUAUUUGUCAGAAUACAUGAUUUAAGCUUGUACAGUAGAAGACCAUUAUAGCGCACACCUUGGGGCCUGAGCUUUUGCGUUAUAAUACAGGUUCUUGCAUUAUAUAGAUCAUUUUCUAAAUUUUAAAACUGAUAUUCAGAAUAUGUCUAUAUAUUUGCUUUUCAGAAUAUGUUCUAACUGUAAUAAGUACUAAAGCACUAAUUAUGCAAUAGAAAAAAAGCUUUCACAAUCAAAAGAAAGUGAAUUACCCUGCACUUCUACUAGCUUUAUGGUUUGCACAACAACUGCAUUUUCUAGAGCAAUCUGGCAUUUUUUCCCCUUGUGAAUACCAAUUUUUCCUUAAAAGCUUCGAAUUAAGAUAGAGAUGAAAAAGCAUUUCAAAAUUUAAUUUGCCUUGGAAUUUUUAUGAUUGCAAGGUGAAAAAAGGUUUUUUUUUCAACUGCAAAACUUAUUGCUUACGUCUGAAAAAUUGUGUAGUUUAUAGAGAAUUGCAUUAUAGGUCGGCGUUAUAAAGGUAUUCUACUGUAUUCCAAAAAAAAAAGAAAAAUGUUCUGAUAAUUUUAAAGAAUCGAACUCGCUUUUCCGAUUAAUUUAAAACUCAUGAUUUUUUUCUUGUGGUAUCCUCAGAAGAUUCAUAUUAACCACCACAAAAAAAAAUCUCUCAUAGUAAGAUUUUGUAAAUAAAUAAGUUUAAAAAAUAUGUUUCCCUUUUUAAAAUGUUAAUCAUUGCAAGAUUGUUUUCUGCUUCCCACUUUUGACUGAACAUAAAAAUAAAAGAAACAACUAAACAAUUUCCGCACUUGUAAAAAUAAUAAUAUUUUGCAUCAUAUUCUAGUUAGUUCAGUUUGAUUCAAGAUGUUAUCAAUUCAGACAACUUCCUUUAAUGGCAAAAUUUAAUGUGAAUUAUAAUGUGAUGCUCAUUUUUUUCGCGCCCUAGCCCCUAGCUACAGCAAUUGAUUAAAGGAUACUUGAACCUAUUCAUAAAGUUAAUUGGGAAAGGGAGAACGUGGCAGCUUUUGUAUGUAUUAUUUUGAAUAAAAUAUAUAAGAACUUUGAUAACCAUGACUUAUUUUUCUUAUUUUGUAAGUUUUGUCCUAUAUACAAGUUAAAAUAUUCCUCUACUAAAUGCCAUUUUUGUGAUGAAAAAUUGAACAAAAUCAUCUAAAUCUGCCCCAAAAAUAUUCUAUAUUCAUUUUAUUCCUUUUUAAUGCAUAUCUCAUCCUCUCAAGUUGUGUUCUAACCAUUACAUUAAUUAACACAUUGUAGUAGAUCCUUGUUAAUUUAUAAUUUCAAACACAAGCGACCAAAGGCAUUAUUCAGUGUUGAGAAACAAAUCUCUGUCUCAGUCAAGUUGUUUUAGGAUUAUUUUUUUGAAACUGUUCUGAAUAAUUAAGAUUAGCUCAAGGAUUUCGACUGUAUUCUCUUAAUGCGCGCAAAAAGAAAAAAAAAACUUAAAAACCAUAAAGAUUCUUCUCCCCAAAAGAUUUUGUGCUGAUGGUAAGACUGUCAAUGCAUUUAAAACUUGAGACUUACAAAAUAACUAAUCUUUAUUUUAAUGAAAGUUAAAGUUAGAUUUUCAAUAAAAGUAUAAAAUAUUUUCACUCGCACUUGAAAAUAUUGUCUCUCUGGUUUGUAAAAUGUAUGAAAUAGUUGAAAGUUUCCUAAUGUAAAUAUCGAACUUGAUGGCUUAGGUCUAUUUGAAUUCUUAAUUUUAUCCCUUUUAUAAAAGUAAAAAAUACUUUUUCCAUUUUUAGCAUUUAGAUUUAAAAGCCAUAAAAAAUGCAAUUUAUUUAUUUAUUUACAGGAAUAAACACCUUUUAUUCCUUUGAAAUCAAACUGCCUUAAAAAGUAUACUAUUAUUGAAAUUAUUUUAGCAAAAUCAAAUUAAACCUUAUGCUUAAAAUGUCGCUACCUUUUAUCAAGUGUAGCAGCACUAUCAAAAAUGCUAUCUUCCAAUUAUUGAGCCCAGAUGUAUGUGGAUGAAAAUGUACUAAUUUUUGUAGAUUUUCUGAUAUUUUUAUAUUCUGUGACGAUAUUAAAAAUGUGUUUAAUUGUAAAAAUUAUAGAUAAAUGAUGAGUACUUA